AUGGAUCAACAAGCAGAAAAUUUAAUUGAACAAGGUAACCUUUUAAAAGCAUAUGGCGAACAAGGUAAUCUUGAAAAAGUUAAACAUUUAAUCGAAGUUGAAAAUGUUGGUGUUAAUCAACCAGAUCUUUUUGGUGAUACAUGUCUUCACGGUGCAGUUUCAAAAGGAAGAUUAUUAAUUGUUGAAUAUUUAUUAGAUAAAAAAGCUGAUUCAAAUAUCACAAAUAAAGUUGGAUCUACACCAUUACAUAAAGCAGUAACCAUUGAUCCAUCAACUACCACUCUUGGACAACAAAUGAACAUAAUUAGAGUAUUAUUAAAUAAAGGUGCCGAUCCAACUGUCAAGAAUGCAGCAGGAUUAAUUCCAGAACAAUUAGCAUUUAAUAGUCGUAUUAAAGAAUUAUUACAAGGUGAUCAAGCAGUAACCGAAACCAUUUCAGUACCAAAGGUUCAUCAUGGUAAAAUUGUCGGUAAAAAAGGAAACAAUCUCAAACAAUUGAAGGAAUUAACCAAUACACAGAUCACAGUUCCAGAUUCAAACGUAACAUCAAAUAAGAUUUCUAUUAAAGGUAGAAAGGAUGAUGUCGAAAAAGCUCGUCAAAUGAUACUCGAUAUUGUAAAUCCACCAAAAACUCCAGAAGACGAAGCUGCCGAAAAAGCUGCUGAAGAAGACAUUGAAAUUCUUAAUCUUACCACAAUUGCAAAAGAAAAACAUUCUCUUUUAAUUGGCGCUAGAGGUAAAACCAUCAGGUAUCUCAGAGAUAAUUUCGAUAUUCAAAUAAAUGUUCCACCAACAGAAUCAUCUGAAAAUAACAUUUCAAUUCAGGGAAAAUUAGAAAAUAUAGAUAAUGCGAUGAAAUAUAUUAAUGAAAUUUUAAAGAAAAAUAGUAAUAAUAAUAAUAACAACUACAAUAACAAAGAUGGUAAUUACAAUAAAAAGCCAAGACAAACAAAAUCAACAUAG